AUGCAUUUAUACAAUUUAACGCUGCAAGGCCAAACGGCUAUCAACCAGGCCAUUCAGGGUAAUUUUUCAGGACUUCCCAAAUCACAAGAAAUUGUUGUGGGACGAGGAUCGGCACUCGAGCUGCUACAACUUGACACAGUAACUGGAAAAAUAAAGGUCAUGUGCCAUCAAGACAUAUUCGGAGUCCGUUCACUUCUCGCUUUCCGCCUCACAGCUGGAACUCGCGACUUUAUUGCCGUUGGAUCCGACUCGGGAAGAAUUGUGAUUCUACAAUACAAUCCUGAGAAAACAUGCUUUGAGAGACUACAUCAGGAAACGUUUGGGAAAACAGGAUGCCGACGCAUUGUUCCAGGUCACUACCUGGCUGGAGAUCCACGUGGACGUGCUCUGAUGAUUGGCGCUGUAGAAAGACAGAAGCUUGUGUAUAUUAUGAACAGAGAUGCCGAAGCACAUUUGACGAUCUCUUCUCCAUUAGAAGCUCAUAAACAACAUACUCUGUGCUAUGCUAUGGUGGGAAUCGACGUUGGGUUUGAGAAUCCAACGUUUGCUUGUCUGGAGUUCGACUAUGAGGACGCUGACAAUGAUCCUACUGGAGAGGCUGCGAAACGAACUCAACAAACUCUCACGUUCUACGAAUUGGAUCUCGGUCUGAAUCAUGUCGUUCGCAAGUACGCAGAACCCCUCACAGAUCCAGGAAACUUGCUUAUCGCAGUUCCAGGUGGUAACGAAGGACCGUCCGGUGUCAUUGUGUGCUGUGAGAACUAUAUUGUCUACAAGAAUCUUGGUGAUCAGCCAGACAUCAGAUGUCCGAUUCCAAGAAGAAGAAACGAGCUCGACGACGCUGAUCGCACAAUGCUCAUCAUCGCCACAGCCACUCACAAAACCAAGAAUAUGUUCUUCUUCUUGAUACAAGCAGAAAACGGAGAUAUUUUCAAAGUGACUCUCGAAACUGACGAAGAUUUGGUGACGGAAAUGAAACUGAAGUACUUUGAUACAGUACCUCCAGCGAACGCUCUGUGUAUUUUGAAAGCUGGUUUCUUGUUCGUCGCUGCAGAGUUUGGAAAUCAUGAGCUCUAUCAAAUUGCAAGUCUUGGAGAAGGAGGAGACGAUGAAUUCUCUUCAGCCAUGGGUUUCGGAGAGAACGAUGCCGCUUUCUUUGAGCCACAUGAGCUAAGAUCUCUGAUUCCAAUCGAUUCCAUGGACAGUUUGAGUCCACUCACAGAUGCUGUGAUUGGUGAUAUUGCUCGUGAAGAUGCAGCUCAAUUAUUCACACUCGUUGGUCGUGGCGCUCGUUCUCAUAUGAAAGUUUUGCGAAAUGGUCUCGAAAUUUCAGAAAUGGCGGUUUCAGACUUGCCAGGAAACCCGAAUGCCGUAUGGACAGUGAAAAAGAAUAUCGAAGAUCAAUACGAUUCAUACAUCGUUGUGUCUUUCGUCAACGCCACACUGACUCUUACCAUUGGAGAUACUGUCGAAGAAGCAUCAGAUUCCGGCUUCUUGCCAACUACCCCUACAAUCGGGUGCUCUAUGAUUGGAGAUGAUUCUCUCGUACAAAUCUACUCUGAAGGCAUCCGUCAUAUCCGCGCAGAUAAGCGUAUCAACGAAUGGAAAGCUCCACCACGUCGUCAAAUCGUCAAGUGUGCUGUGAAUCGACGACAAGUCGCUGUCGCGUUAAGUGGAGGAGAACUGGUCUACUUCGAAUUGGAUUUGAAUGGAACUCUCAACGAAUUCACUGAAAGAAAGCUCUUCAACGCUGACAUUGCUUGCAUGACAUUCAGUGAGAUUUCCGAAGGAGAACUGAAUUCUCGUUUCCUGGCUCUCGGAACGGUUGAUAACGCAGUCAGAAUCAUUUCCCUCGAUCCGAAUGACAUGCUGAUGCCAUUGAGUACACAGAAUCUUCCAUGUCCUCCAGAAUCCAUUCUUCUUAUUGAUACGCCGAAUGAAGAUGGUAAAGGUGUAGCUUCGGUUCAUCUUAAUAUUGGUUUACAGAAUGGUUGCCUUUUCCGUAACACUGUGGACAACGUCACCGGAGCCAUCAUGGACACUCGUACGCGGUAUCUUGGAACUCGACCGAAGCUGUUCAAAGUUCAGGUUCAGGGAAGAUCAGCUAUCCUCUGCACCUCUUCUCGCUCUUGGCUUCUCUAUCAUUUCCAACGUCGUUUCCAUCUUACUCCAUUGAGCUACGCCAAUCUGGAAUACGCUGCUAGCUUCUGCUCAAAUCAGUGCGCUGAAGGAGUCGUCGCCAUCUCAGCAAGCACUCUCAGAAUCAUUGCCGCUGAGAAACUUGGAGUCGCAUUCAAUGUACAAUCUUUCGAACACAAAAUGACACCACGUCGGAUUGCUGUUCACCCAACGAUGCCUUGUCUGGUUGUGAUUGAAACCGAUCAUGCUGCAUACACAGAAGUUACAAAAGGAUUGAAGAGAAAUCAGAUGGCUCAGGACGUCGAAGAAAUGGCAUCAGAUGAAACCGAGGCUGCACUGGCCAGAGAAAUUGCUACAAACCUUCGCGAACGAAAAUUGGAUGAACGAGUAUUCGGAGCACCGAGAGCUGGAUACGGAAAAUGGGCGUCAGCAAUCAGUUUGGUAUCAGCUACUACCGGAGAGAAACACUCGCACUUUGAAUUGCCACAAAACGAAAACGCCAAGUGCUUAGCUCUUGUUCAAUUCUCAAAGCAUCCAGAUGCAGUUAUGGUUCUCGUGGGAUGUGGAGUCAAUGAAAUUCUGAACUCAAGCGAAGUGGAACCAUCUGAUUCCAACUAUCGACCGGUUAGAGGAUGUGUAUACACUUUCCAUCUGUCUCCAAACGGUGAUCGAUUCGAUUUUCUGCACAGAACCGAGACCCCAUUGCCAGUCGGCGCGAUUCACGAUUUCCGAGGAAUGGCUCUUGUCGGAUUCGGAAAAUUCCUGAGAAUGUAUGACAUUGGACAGAAGAAGUUGUUGGCCAAGUGUGAAAAUAAGAACUUCCCAGUGAAUAUUGUCAAUAUUCAGUCAACUGGACAGCGUAUAAUCGUCUCGGAUAGCCAGGAAUCUGUUCACUUUUUGAGAUACCGCAAAGGAGAUAAUCAACUGGUUGUCUUCGCCGAUGACACGACUCCUCGCUACGUCUCCUGCGUCUGUGUGCUCGACUAUCAUACUGUAGCCAUCGCUGAUAAAUUUGGAAAUCUAUCAGUCGUUCGCCUGCCGGAGCGAGUCAACGAAGACGUUCAAGACGAUCCAACGGUAUCGAAGAGUGUGUGGGAUCGUGGAUGGCUGAAUGGAGCUUCUCAAAAGGUUGAACUCGUUGCUAAUUUCUUCAUUGGAGACACAAUCACGAGUCUCCAAAAGACGUCGUUGAUGCCAGGAGCCAAUGAAGCAUUGGUUUACACGACAAUCGGUGGAGCUAUCGGAUGUCUUGUUUCGUUUAUGUCCAAAGAUGAAGUGGACUUCUUUACCAAUCUGGAAAUGCAUGUUCGUAGUGAAUAUCCACCGCUUUGUGGUCGUGAUCAUCUCUCCUACAGGUCUUAUUAUGCACCAUGCAAGAGCGUCAUCGACGGAGACAUCUGUGAACAGUUCAGUUUGAUGGAGUUAUCGAAGCAAAAAGAAGUGGCCGAGGAAUUGGGAAAAACUGUCAGCGAGAUCUCAAAGAAACUGGAAGACAUCCGCACUCGAUACGCCUUCUAA